UUAGUAGAACUAAUAAUAUGUCUCUAAGCCGACCGAAUCAUAAUUUGGCUUACUCUUGCAGCCCACAAUACCCGAAACCCGCUGUGACUCGUGUUGGGUUGUGCUGCAGCCCGUUGCUCUUCCCAACGAACCCAUCCUGCAUGCUGCGUAUUGGUAUCGUGUCUCUACAUUUAGAAAUGAAAACACAUUGACAUCGCCCUACGAUAGACACUUAGCAUUAAGCAAAAUGUCUAGCUUGAAAGAACGCAAGGAGGAAUUUGUCUCCAACUUGAACGGAGGAACGACGCCCGAAAUCUAUGCUGUCACUACGGUUGCUCUAACCGCAUACUUCAUCUGGUGCCUUCUCAAGACCAGAACCAGAUUGUACAGCAAGGAUAAUGCAACUUCUGCCGGUCUGACGCUUGUCGAUUUUGCCAUCAAUUGGCUUGGCUUGUUGUUAUCCAUCACCACGUACAAUAAGACUCCGCUCUACUUGAACCUUCUCCUCCUCCUCCCGGCGAUCGCGUACACCUUCGUCGAUGGCACUAAGACGGCCCCAGCUAAGGCUUCCAUCAAAAGCACCCCCGAAUUGUUGCCUAAGAAAGCGUUCUUAACCGCUUACCGAUCCGGUAUGAUCGUCAUCACCAACGUCGCGAUCUUAGCCGUGGAUUUUGGCGUGUUUCCAAGAAGAUUCGCCAAGGUGGAGACAUGGGGCACUUCGUUGAUGGACCUCGGAGUCGGCUCGUUUGUGUUUUCCAUGGGUUUAGCCACUUCCAGAUCCAUCAUCAAGCUAAACGCCUCCCCUAACAACUCCAUCUCUUUCACUUCCAACUUUGUUGAGGCCAUCAAGAGUUCCGUUCCGUUGCUCGUGUUGGGAACCAUCAGAUUGGUGUCAGUGAAGAACUUAGAGUACCAGGAACAUACUUCGGAGUACGGUAUCCAUUGGAACUUUUUCUUCACUUUGGGGUUCUUGCCUCCUUUCAUGGCCUUAUUAGAGCCAAUCAUUGCAUACGUGCCGAGAAUCGUCGUGGCCCUUGGGAUCGGCUACGUCUACGAAUUGCUCUUAGCCAACCAUCCGACCUUGUUGAAAUUCAUUAUUCUCGGCGAGAGAACAGAUUUGUUCAGUGCUAACAAGGAGGGUAUCUUUUCGUUUAUCGGCUAUUUAUCCAUCUACCUCUCUGGCCAAUCCCUAGGCUGGUUUUUGUUGACGGGAUACAAAACCCCCCACAACUUGUUGAGACCACCCACUGCCGUUGAAUUGGCCAAUUACAAGACAAAGGCCACCCCAAGUAAGCAGGCUAAGCAAAAGUUGACUGUCCGUCUUGGCCAAAAGUGGUUGAAAUUAACCACCGUUUCUCCCAUCAACGGGCUCAUCAUUAUGAACAUUGUGUUCCAUGGGAUGUCAUACUACUUGGACAACCACUACAAUUACGGUGUUUCCCGUAGAAUGGCCAAUUUGCCGUAUGUCGUCUGGGUGAACGCCUACAACGCCACCUUCCUCUUAGGGUUUGUGCUUAUUGAGAAAGUGUUUUUUGGUUUAAACAAUGAGGCUAUUCCUUACGAAGAGAAGGUUUCGGAAAACUUGGAAUCCAUCAACAGAAACGGCUUGGCGAUUUUUUUGUUGGCCAACUUGGCUACCGGCAUGGUCAACAUGAGCGUCAACACCUUGGACUGCGACAGAUGGAUUAGCAUGCUCAUCUUGGUUGCGUAUUCGUUGUUUUUGAGCUCCUUGAGUAUUGUGUUGCUCCGCAAGAAAAUCUUUAUCAAGGUUUAGCCCCUUCCAAAAUGCAUAUAUCAAUAGAUAAUCCGUCGAGCGCCGUAGACCUAUGAAGAAUUAGGAGCUUGGAAAGUCACCGUACAGGUUGCCUGACGGCUAGGCUGGCCUUCUGACCGCACCCCCAGAUAAGAUCUCGACGCACGAACCAUGCUUAGGCUGAGAUGUUCUCCAUACGCUUUUGGGACCCGGCUUUAUACGUUAAAAGUGUGAGUGUACCGUUAUACUACCUAGCUAAGAGAGAAACGCUGAUUAGCGGUAUAUAUGUGACAAACCUGAGGUAACAGAAUGGAGGCCCAUAAAAGGGCUGCUAUUUUAUUAGUGGCGUGACUGACACGUGAGUUUCAGCCGCACAAGCGUUUAGACAUCAUUCGGGGUAGGGCUUAAAAAGCAACUCCCUAGUGGCGUCGGGGAACGGAAAUUUUAAUGAGUGCCUCUAGAGCCCAUUGUGUCGUUGGUUGAGUCGAAA